UGAUCACAAGUAAACAGUGUAGUGACUUAAUACGUAUCUGUUAUUGCACAUUUUCUAAACGUUAAAAGAUUAACAUAUCAAUGUGCAGCUCGUGUAAACAGUGCGUUUAAUUAUUGCUUAAAUAAUAUGAAACAAGUAUUUUUAACGAUUUAAAACGUGAAAGAUAAUAUUUUAGAUGAAAAUGGAGGUGCAAAAAUCAGUUAUUAAACGGCUCCUAUUUUUUGUCCUUUUAAAGUUGGUGGUUAUUAAAACUCAAGGAGACAGAUUCGUUAGCAAAGGAAAUAUUACAGGAACUAGGAUUUCGUCUUCAGGAGAAGUGUUUGUGACGCACGGAAAUACAGUUGUUUCCCUCUCAGCAAAUCUGUCUGUUAUAGCCAAUAUUACUAUAGGUCAGACGGAGAAGUGUAAGGACUUUGGGGGUUUUUGUUUGCACACAAUUAUGAACAAAGUUUCAGUAGUGGAUAUAUUGACCUCUACACCCGAGAAAACGACGCUGCUGUUGGCUUUAAAGUUAGAAAACGAGACGAUUUUUACGGUUUCAUCAUUUAAUAACAGUCUUAAUUCAAACGUUUUGAAUGUUAACUUUGGAGAGUUUUCUGACGUAGCAUCGGAUUCAUUUGUUUUUCAAACGGGAAAAGAAUCCUGGAAAAUGAUUCUUGCGAAAUCAGUGGACCUUGACACAUCGCAUGGAAUGUCAAGUAUCUUUGCCGUAUAUGAGAUCGAGAAAAACGUUUCAUACAAUGUUCGUAUUCUUGACCUCUACAAAUUGCAUUCAUCAUUCAAAUUUGAUAUUCUAUACGCGUUCAAACAUGGAACAAACGCAUACUUUAUUGUGAAAUACUAUUCAAAAGUAUACACACUAGAUUCGGACAAGUACUCGUUCAUCCGUUUAUCACUAUCCGGGAAUCUCACUGAAGUACCGUUCCGUGUGGCAAAUACAAACAUGUCUUUUGUAAAUGCGAACCUACAUGACAAAAGCAACACUGGUAAGACGCUACUCCUCCUAUACAAAGAUGCAUCAAACCAGUCCAUGCUUUACCAUGUUGCCCUGGGGAACUUAGAUGAGGAGAUGGAGGAGGCUUUUCGUGGAUGCGAGAAGGAAGGGCGUGGGGCGUCUCUCUAUUGGCUGAAUCGUCCCACCAACUGUGCCCCAGACAUCACAUGUCCAUGUUACCUCCUGAAAAACUACAGCGAGAUUUCAUCUGCAAAAAUCCUCACCCUUGCCCCUGCUUCCUAUCCUAUUUUUAUUGACAGCGAUGUGCUUGCCAUGGUUGUAAGCGAGGAAAGGCAAAACACGGUCAUUUUCUUCUUGUUACAGUCAGGUGUCGUACUAAAGGUAAAAUAUGGUUUGUUUCCGGACAUUCUGGCUGGAAUUAAAGUUAAAGCUAUAGAAACUGCAACCAGGUUGAACGUCACGAACGCUGCCCUGUGGACUACUGCAGAAGGGCUGUAUGCCAGGUUUGGAAGAAAGUUGAUCCUUUUGAACACGAGCACGUGCACCAUGCACAGGGACGAUGCAAGCUGCAGGCGGGACACAAGUGCGUGUGUCUGGUGCCGGCAGCCAAUGUCCUGCGUGCAGGAAGGGGACUGCAGUGAGGCGGAUGAUAAAGAGGUGUAUAUGGGAGAGCCUCCGUUAAUCGUUUAUGUGAGGCCUACAGCUUCGUCACUAGUGCCAGGCUCCAUGUUCCGCAUACAUGGCGUCAAUUUGGACAUGGCCGAAAGUAUUGCUAUCGAUAUUGCCGGGGAAGAAUGCAUUGUGCAACGGGAGACGAUAAGUUCCAGCGAUUUCCUCUGUGUCUUGUUGACGGGAGUUCCUUAUCCGAUUGUGGGGACUGCUAUGAUGACGCUUGUAGUUGACCAUACAACCAAGUCGCAGAAUUUGACAGUAUCCCCUCCAGGUUUUCUUGAACAAAAAGAUGUAACUGUCAUUCCAAGUGGAGGAAUUCGCGUUACCUUGCGUGGCAGCAAUCUCACCAGUUUAGGAAAGACGUACAUCUACUUUAAAACUGAAUCUGGAAAGUGUGUUUCUAUGGAAGGAGCGGUGUGUGAAGCGAACACGACCAAAAGUCUACAUUGCUUCACACCCCAGUUGAUUGGUGGCGAUAGUUUGCGAAACACAACAGUCAGAGUCUACUUAUCUCAUGAAUUAGUCCCUCGUACUAAUAUGUCAUACCUUGGUGGGAUCAUUGAAUCCAACAACGUGAACAGCCUUAAUUUGCACAUAGUCGACGACCCGGUUAUAUUUGGUUUUUACGUUGGUGUAAAGAUAGCGGAUGUAUACCAUGUAGAGUGGAAAGAGGAUGCAAUCACAUUUGUACUAAAGGGAAUCGGAUUGCUGAAUGUCAACAAAGAAGACAUCCGUGUAAAAGUGAUGAAAAUUGGUCACGUGGACGUUUCCAAGGCGAUGAAGGAGGAGCUGCACUGUUCCAUAUCCGCUGACAUGAUGAGAAACAAUAAAAGAAUCGGCUCGAUACAAGAUGAACAGUUGUUAGCAGUCACGGUAGCAAUAGGAGAAAACCUUAUGUAUCACCCUGGUUACAUUCGCCUGUACUCCCUAUAUGCAUCAACAACUAGUUCCUCUGCCCCUCCAGAAUUAAACUCCCCCAGAUCAACAAAGCAGUCACCCAGUGUUGGCUUGGGUUUAAAACUGAUCGUGGUCAUCGUGGUGGUGGUGGUGGUUGGUGUUGUUGUUCUGGGAGGCAUCGCUAUAUUCAUAUACAGAAAGGUUUCGGAUCGUUCCCAUAGACAUAAAUUUAGAGGACGGUUGGACAGAAAUCGUCCAUCCAUUGUGAGCUACCGCGGGGAGCGGGUGUAUAUAGAGAACCCGAGCACCCAGUAUAGUCACAGCCCCUCAAACAAUGACCCGUCCUUAGACGAGCGGCUGCUUUCGGACGCAUUCGAAGAUUCUACUGCUAAUCUCAUUCAAAGGUUCGAAGAUGAACGCCUGCUCAUCAAACGGGAGCUUUUGUCUUUAGAAAAACUCAUUGGAAAAGGUCACUUUGGCUCAGUGUUCAAGGGUUCGAUGAUCGUCCAAGAUAAGAAGAAGAAAGUCGCUGUUAAAACUUUGCAUAAGAGCGAGAAGAAUGACAUGGAUGUACCGCAAUUCUUGAAGGAAGCCUACGUGAUGAAGAAUUUUGACCACCCAAACGUCAUGGGUCUUCUGGCUAUUUGUAUGGACAUGGAAGAAACUCCUUUGGUUGUUCUGCCGUAUAUGGAGCAUGGUGAUCUUUUGUCAUACCUACACGAGGAAACUCAUAUUCCGACCGUUAAGGACCUGGUCUCGUUCGGCCUUGACAUUGCGAAGGGUAUGGAGUAUCUAGCAGAGCUCAAGUUUGUACAUCGAGAUCUUGCCGCGAGAAACUGUAUGUUAGACGAAAAAUACCAAGUCAAAGUAGCGGACUUCGGGCUGUCACGUGACAUUUACGAGAGCACGUACUACAGCACACAAGCGAAGGGUGCACAGCUACCGGUGAAGUGGAUGGCUAUAGAGAGUCUGUCCAGCGGCGUCUUCAACGAGAAGACUGAUGUGUGGUCGUUCGGCAUAACGCUGUGGGAGUUGAUGACUCGGGGUGUCCGUCCGUACGCCAUCGUUGAUAACUGGGACAUGGAACGAUUCCUCAAGUCAGGUCGCCGACUACCACAGCCCAGAUACUCCCCCACGCCAUUAUACCGACUGAUGCGGAGAUGCUGGCUGGAGGCACCAGUCGAGAGACCGUCUUUCACGGAAAUCCGGCAGUGUAUUUCAGGUAUGUUAGAGCGCGUACAACUCCAGCUGGGAACUGUUGAGCGCGCGGCGGAUAUCGGGACAGUGUAUGUGAAUCUGAAUAUGGGGUCGCAGUGUGUACAUGUAUACACUAAUCAAGAUAUAGUGGACAGUGUUGGUCAGAUUGACUCUGCUGGAGUAGUUGACGACACCUCAUCGGUGUGUGAUAAGAAUGAAACAAUGAACGAUCGAUUUGAUGUAUAAAAUCAUUUAUUUUGUAUGAUGCAAGUAUUUUAAGUGCUCAAUUACUCUUGACCUGCUCAAGUAGCACAAUAUGCUAUAACUGUUUUAUUUACAGGCUCAAGACAAUUUGUCAAAGUUACAAUUAUUCAACUGCCUCAGUUAUUUUCAUCCAUUUUAUGUAGAUAUGAUACUGUGUAUGUAAAUACUAUAUUCACAAGUGUAACAAAUGUAAUGGUUACGUUAUUACAUGAAACGGAAACGUC